UUAACUAUUUUUACAUAUACAAUAAAACAAAAAAAAAAAAGAAAUGGAAUUUUUAUCAAAAUUCUUAACACUUGUGUAUCUUGUUACAUUAAUUAAUAGUGCAAUGGGAUAUAAAAUUUUAGCCAUAUUUCCCUUAACUAUAAAAAGUCACGAAAUUUUUUGUCAAUCAGUGAUAAAAACUUUGGCAAAACAUGGUCAUCAAGUGGACGUUAUUGUUGCUAGUGAUAUAAAAAAUUCUUAUCCCGAAAAAAUUACAAUUAUUUAUAAUCUAAUGGAACUUUUAUCAAAUAAUACAAUUAAAGAUUUAAAAUUAGAGAAAUUUCUUUCAAAUGCAUCGGGUGAUCCUGUUAAAUUUAUAUCAGAAAUUGCUGGAAAUUAUCCCUGUCAAUUGCUUGGCAAUGUGGCAUUACAAAAUAUAAUUCAAAAACUCAAAGCCAAUUCAAAUUACUAUGAUGUUUUAAUUGUUGAGGCAUUUACAAUGAAUUGUUUUAUGGGUUUAGCGAAAUUUUUAAAUAUUCCCAUGAUAACACUAUCAGCACAAAAUUUAUUUCCCUGGGUAGAAGAAGCAAUUGGAAUUCCAACAACAGUUGCAACACAUCCAACAAUUUUAACAAAAUUAGUGGAAAUAAAUUCAUUUUGGGAACGUUUACAAAAUACAAUUGAAAAACAUUUGAUAAAUUAUAAAUUCCACUACUAUACGGAUAAAAUACAAACUGAAUUGAUAAGAAAAUAUAUAAGUGCCGAUCUACCAAAUGUUGAAGAAUUAACAAAAAAUUCAAUUUUAACAUUAAGUAACACUCACUUUAGUGUCAAUGGAAUUAAACCUGUGACACCGGCAUUAAUUGAAGUCGGUGGAUUACACAUUUUACAAGAUGACACCAAAUUAACGCCUGCUUUUGGAAUGAAUUGUUUUAUGGCAAUAGGACAUUUUUUGAAUAUUCCAGUGAUAACACUAUCGGCACAAACUUUAUAUCCCUGGGUGGAAAAUACAAUUGGAAAUCCAUCAACAGCGGCAACACAUCCAAAUAUUAUAUCAUCAUUAGUGGAAAUAAAUUCCUUUUGGGAUCGUUUGCAAAAUAUAAUAGAGAAACAUGUAUUGAUUUAUAAAUUCCACUACUACACGGAUAAAAUACAAACUGAAUUAAUAAGAAAAUAUAUAAGUGCCGAUCUACCAAAUGUUGAAGAAUUAACAAAAAAUUCAAUUUUAACAUUAAUUAACACUCACUUUAGUUUCAAUGGAAUUAAACCUAUGACACCGGCAUUAAUUGAAGUCGGUGGAUUACAUAUUUUACAAGAUGACACCAAAUUUACGCCGAAAUUACAAAAAUGGAUGGACGAAAGUGUAAAUGGAGUUGUCUACUUUUCAAUGGGAACAAUAAUUCUCGUUGAUUCAUUGCAGAAAGAGAUAAUUCUUGCAUUUUAUUCAUUAAUUCAAAAAUUAAAGCCUAUUAGAUUUUUAAUACGAGCUAAAAAUGCAAAACAAUUAUUUCCUGGAAGUCCAACAAAUCUUAUGAUUCUCCCCUGGAUACCACAAAUUCCAGUAUUAAGACAUAAAAAUACAAAAGCUUUCAUUUCACAUUGUGGACUUUUGAGUUCAAUGGAAGCUUUUUAUUUUGGAAUUCCUGUUAUUGGAAUUCCAGUGGCUGCUGAUCAAUUUUUUAAUAUGGACAAAUUAGUUAAAAGAAAUAUGGGCAUAAAAUUAAAUAUCAAUAAUAUUACAGAGGAAAUUUUAUUUGAUGCUUUGAUGCGAAUUUUAAAUAAUUCUACAUACAGAGAAGCUGCAAAAAAGGCUUCGAUUUAUUUCAAAGAUCGGCCAAUAAGUGCCGAGGAAUCAACAACUUAUUGGAUUGAAUAUGUUCUGAGAAAUGGAGGAAUUUUAAAAUCUCCCGCAAUAAAUUUGCACUGGACUCAAAAUGAACUUUUAGAUAUUUAUGGAUUUUUGUUACUUUUAUUUCUAUUGAUUCUCUAUAUUAUCGUUAAAAUUUUGCGAAUAAUUUUUAAUUUCAAAAAUAAAAACAUUAUCAAGAAGAAAAAAACUAUUCGCUAUUUCAUGAUAUUUAUUAUUUUUUAUUUUUUCCAAAUUGAAGGAUAUCGAAUUCUCGGCAUUUUUCCAUUUGCUGCAAAAAGUCAUAAUAUUUUUUUCGAAGCACUAAUGAAAGGUUUAUCAAAUGCUGGACAUAAAGUUGAUGUGAUUUCACAUUAUGAACCACAAAAUGGAACAAAAAAUUACACGCGAAUUGUCGAUUUAAGUAAAUUACAAAAUCAACAUGUGACUGAUAAUGAAAUUGAAAUGGCAUUUAAUUUUAAUAAAAAUAGUCUUAAAUAUAUUGCCACUAAAUAUGGAAAUGAUCUUUGUGAAUUAAUGGGUACAGAAAAAAUGCAAAAUAUUUUAAAAAAUUCAUUUAAAGAACGUUCCUACGAUCUUGUUAUCAGUGAGUUUUUUGGAGCGACUUGCUUCUUUGGAAUUGGUAAUUUUCUACAAGUUCCAAUUGUGGCAGUGACUUCAAUUCCCGAACCAAUUUGGGCAAUGAAUUCAAUGGGCCUUCCAUUUUCAACGGCAUUCUAUCCAAGUACAAUGAUGGAUAUCGGUGAUAUUGAAACAUUUGUUGAUCGUUUAAAAAAUACUUUAUUCAAAUUCACAUCGCUAUUGGCAUUUUAUUGGAUGACUGAAAAAUCACAAACUAAAGCAAUGAGAAAAUAUCUUAAAUCUGAUAUGCCAUCAAUUAGAAAUGUGGAAAAAAAAAUUGCUCUUCUUAUAACAAAUAAUUUUCAUUCUUUAUAUGGAAUUCGACCGAUGACACCCGAUCUCAUUGAAGUUGGAGGAAUUCACAUUAGUCAAAAUGAAGAGAAAUUUACUCCCAAAUUAAAAGCAUGGAUGGACCAAAGUAAAAAUGGAGUUGUUUAUUUUUCAUUUGGAACUGCAAUUCGUGUUGAAACAUUACCAAAGAAGACAAUAUUUGCAUUUUAUUCAUCAUUUGCCAAAAUUGCACCAGUGAGAGUUCUAAUAAAAAUCAAAGAUAAAAAUCUUCUUCCACCGGGUCUUCCUGAUAAUGUGAAAAUUUUAUCCUGGACGCCACAAAUUCGAGUUCUAGAACACAAUAACACCCGAGUUUUUAUAACUCACUGUGGACUCUUAGGACUUCAGGAAUCCCUUUAUUUCGGAGUUCCAAUCAUUGGCAUUCCUCUUCACACGGAUCAAUUUCGAAAUGUGCAAAUUUUCGUCAAGAAAAAAAUGGGAAUUCGCAUCAACUAUGGAGAUAUUGGAGAAAAAAGUUUAGACAAUGCUUUAGAGAGAAUUUUAAACAAUUCUUCCUAUCGAGAAGCUGCAAAGAAUGAGUCGAGAAUUUUUAAAGAUCGACCAUUCCCGCCAAUGGAAAUGGCAAUAUUUUGGAUUGAAUACAUUUUGAGAAAUGGUGGCGAUUCACUAAAAUCACCUGCAAUUCAUUUGCAUUGGUGGCAAGUAUCAUUGAUAGAUGUAUAUUUAUUUUUAUUAAUUAUCAUUUUUCUAACAAUUUAUUUACUUUUGUUAAUUAUCAAAAUUAUUCUUCGCACAUUUCUUCGAUUUAAAAAGCAAUUUUUCAGUAACAAACAUAAAGUUUCGUAAAAUAUAUUUUAUCUUACAUUUUAAUAAUAUUUUUCUAUAGUUAAUAAAAAUAAUAAAAAUAA